GGUGAGUCUGUUUACAAACAACGCAUUCACCCAACAAACGAAAAAAGUGAUCGGAGCUCGACUAAAAAUGAUUUUUAUCCAGUGAAACGCAAUUUUUUUCUCCCAAAAUCCAUAGAAAUCUACUAACAAACAUGACCGAGCUCAUUUGUGAUAGUCGACUGAAGAAGCAACCAUCGUCGCUGUACAAUACGUGCAUCAGAUACGUUGCUCGAAAUCUGAAAAGGUACAAACACAUCGAGUAUCUGGAAGUGAUACCACCGCUAAUCAAAAAUGCGCUGAUUCUGAACGUGACCCGCAUCCAGCGAGGAUUCCAUGAUGACGAACUGCUGGAAAUGCUGCUGAACGGAACGCUCACCCGAAUAAACUUUUCCAGUUCGACCAUCACCGACCGGACGCUGCUUUCGCUGGCCGAAAAAUGUCCAAACCUUAAAAGCCUUAUACUGACCCAGGGAGAUUACCGCUUCAGCCGUCGUGGCCUGGAGGCCAUCGUCCGGCAGCUCAAGCACCUGCAGCAGCUGUCCGUCCGGAAUUGCGCCCUGGUGGACGACGAGUUGGUGGCACUGCUGGCACGAAACUGUCCCAGGCUGGACCUGAUGGAUUUGGAGUGCUGUACGAACGUGACCGAUCGAUCGGCGGAUGCCAUCAAACGACUUAAACUGACCAAGCUGAACCUCUCGAGGACGCGCAUAUCGGACCAAUUUUUGAUGGCAAUCGCCAACGAGGAGUGUGGUUGCGCGCUGGAAGAUCUCAAUGUCGGCCACUGCCGGAUCACGGGGGCGGGCCUGGGCAAGCUGCCCUGGGACACCAUCAAGUACAUUGGAUUCGAGGGGUGCGAGAUUAACGAUCUGGACUUUAUUGGCACGAACAAAAACCUCAAGUACAUCCAAUGGACGAUAUCCAACUGAUGGAUAUUCCGCCACGCACAGUGGACAUGCAAUAUUUAACUAUCGUGUAAGUUUCAGAGAUCUAUAUAUUUCCCAGACUAGACCGAACGAUUCUUACAUUCUGAGUCACUAUUUUAUCCAGUAACUAUAAUUCAUUAACUAGUAAAGCACCCUAAAGAAGCAACCUUAAAAGCAAUUACAUACUAUUUGUCCCAUAUAUACUACUAACUUAUCGUAUUUAUAUAACGUUAGAUUCUAGUGUGACUCACGUUUAUUCCUGUUAUAGGAAAGUAUUUAAUAUUAUCGACUAAGACAACUAGUAGCACAUACUUUUAACACUACUUAUCGGAGAUGAGUUAUAUGCACUACUAAUAUAAAAUAAAUCAUCGAAAACUUUACGACUCUCAAAUAAAUUGCCUAGCUGUAACAUGGAACAAGUCUGUAGGGAAUAUGAAGUCAUUACCAUUAUUCAUUCAGUGCUAUUAAAAAAGUUUUUGAGGACCAAUUUCGAUGUUUACUUUACUCGCAAACAGUUGUCUCUCUUCUGAAACUCUAAUUUCAACUGUCCAUCUUCCUAAUUGAGUUAAUAACAGAAAACCAACUUUGUUCAAUGUCGUAUGCGUACUUUUUUAUAUAACGUUAGUAAUCCCUUAAAAAUCACGUGUUGCCCUUUGAUAGCGUUCAAAUGCGCCAGAAAACUACCUAAAAAUAACUUAAAAGUACACAGCAAAAUAGCCGAACAAAUUCAAACGAUGUCUUAUAACAAGAACAUACUAAAAGCACACAAAACUAUUCGACACAAUACAGUCACGGACCAUUCGCUCGUCGCGCUUUCGAUGGCGACGCGAGAAAAAAAAACUCUUAGUUAGAGAAAGCAUGUAACACUCGUUUAGUAUCUAGGAAUCUAGGAACAAAAAGAAAGCAAAACAAUAUUUAAUCCCAACUGCGAACAAAACCACAAGUUUACACAAGGUGAUAGCUCUAAACGUAAUGUAACUGCUUAAACAAGGGAUUGUUGAUCAAAUCAAAAUUCCAAACUCUAUUUAGGAAAAUAUAGGAAGAUCUAAAAUGCGGCAAUAUUGAAUAACAAUCUAAGGAUUCUAAUACAUCUUUUCACCUCCACUAUAACUGUUCUAUCUCUGUCUACUACCUACUCGUGUACGUCCUAUUAUGAUGAAAAAUGAUAACUUAUCCUAUGACUGUGUGAUGUCCUAGUGGUACAACUAGACCUUUUAGUGGGAUUUUAAGCGAACUAAUAGUAAUAAACUACAAAACUUAGAUACUACCAACUACUACAUAACAGUCAAAACACAAGGAAAUUAUAACACCACAAGCAAAAUGGAAUUUUGGGUCUUGAACAGUUGCUAAAAAUCGAAUGUUUAGAUCAUUACGGUGGGUAUUGAAGACUCAUCGGUAAUGAUAUCUUUUUGUUUCUCAAAUUGGUUUCCCUAGACUAAAUUUCUCCUCGACAGCAUUCAAACUAGUAGAUUUGCAUCUGUCUUCGUCUGUAAUCAUGUUCUUUAAAACAAUUUUUAUCAAGAUGUAAAGAUAGUGCCGGUUCUUCGUUUUCUUUUGAAAGUUUGAAAAUUCGCGUUAAAACAUUUUUGUAACAUCUAAAAUAUAAUUAUCAUUUAAUGGCUGACAUUUUUUAUAUUGUUUUGAUAGAUAUUUGUGCCAUAAAUGCAAAUUUGUUAAAUUUUGGUUACCUAGACGAGUUUGGCAUGGAGGAACUAUUGUUUGAGUUUAGGCGUUCGCGCUUAACAAACGUCUAUUGUAAAUAUUUUGUGUAUCCAAUGCCCACCUAUAUGAUCAAGAGAUUUCAAGUAACAUGAAAUUAACAGAACAAAGAAGAACCUAACUAAAAUAGUGACUGAACUGGAACAAACCCAAAUUAACUAUACUCCAAUCAAGAGCCGAUUAUGAAGCAUUCUUACUAAACUAAGUGUAACCAUGGUCAGUCACAAUACAAUACCACUAGUUCCACCUACUCAACUAAGUAAAGCAAUAAAGUAUACUUAUCUAACAUGCAACUAUUUAACUAAGACUCAGAAAUAAUUUUAGCAAUACUACAAGAAGUAUCACAACAAUGUACCAUUGCAAUUUGUUUUGGUCUGCAUCGUUCGUUCUAAAACUUAUUCGUCACAUAAAAUUAUUUUCUAUGGUAUUUUUUCACCUAUUUUUGACUUAUGGUUGUUUUAAAAAGUCUUAAAUUACACUUCAAAAUUUGAAAAAUUCAAAAUACCAUUUAAGUGCACCAUCACAAUUUCAGGGUGGCCACUCAGAGCGGAAAAUAAAAUUCCCGAGUUUUUCCCGGUUUUCCCGAUAGGUUUUUGAAAUUUUUCCCGAUUCUAAAAUAGAAUGAUUUACAGUGAAAAUUAAACGUAACUUAUUAAGAAAAAUUUAAGAGAAUUAAUAUUGAAUAUUUUCAAAUCCACGGAUUUAACAUAGUAUUCAUACGAACUUGAAAAUAAGUUAUGUGCUGUUUGUCUCGUAUCCAAUGGUGGGCAUUGAAAUUAUGACAUCUUCAUUAGCCCGGGAGCGGUCGCGUCGUGUACUGAGUACACGCGCCAUGAAAAAUGCACGCUUGUGGUAUACAACGUGAGCGUGGCGGAGCAGCAGGUAGUCGAAGACGCGACUGUUCGAGGGUUAAACAUUCCUUAAAUUCAUAGAUGACCAACUAGUAUAAAUUAUGCAAAUAAAAAUAAAAAAGAUAAUCCUGAGGGGGUCGAAAUUCUCAGUAUGAUUAUAGGAUUUACGAACCUUUCAUUAGUGGAUAUCUAAGUAAUAUUCCAAAACUCUUCUAAAAAAUUCUUGGUUGGUUUGUUUGGGAAACUAGGAAAUAACAGAAUGUCCAAAAAAAAAACAUUCUGGAUGAAAUUCGGGUGGAAUAUCUGGAAAGAUUACUCGUGAAAGAAUUUUGGAAACGAUUUCUUGGGAAAUUUUCAGUGUAGUAUUUUUGAUGGUCAUUUUCAAGAUAUUUUAAUAGAAAACCAGCGGCGAACUUUAUGGUACCGUAAAUGGCUACUGCAGAAAGUCAGGCAGGUUACUUAGGCUGGAAUCGUAAAUUCUAGGAGAAAUUUGAGAGAUCAAAGAAAUCUUAGAUUUUGUCUGAUACUCGUUUAGCAUUCAGUUAUUUCAUCAGCGAUUGCAACAUGGAGCGCUCCGAGAUUUAAUUUCUGAUCACAUUUUCAGAUAUGUCAAGAAUUUCUCCAGGAAUUCCUGAAAGAUUAGUUUUUGUGAAAGUAUUUCCCCCAAAAUGUAGAGGCAGAUUCAUUAUUUGGGAAUUAUUUAUUUUCAUAAAUCAUACAACUAUAUUGCUCCAGAUGCUUUUGAAUAUUCACUGGAACUCUCGCGAAAAUUUCAAUUGGUAGUUUAACUGGAAACUACGAAUACUCAAAAUUCUCGAGAAUUUCCUGAACCAGGAGUUUUACCAGGGACUUCUGCUAAAGCUUCGCCAAAAAGGGAUUUUCCCGAUACCUUACUCCGGUUUUCUCCGAACAUUUUUAUCACAAGUUCAAUAAAUAAGUACAUCCAAAAACUUCAAGAAAAACAACAGAAAUCUUUCAAACAAAAUAUUAGAAAUACUUUUACGAGCUACAAUAGGCGUGCUUUGAGAAAUUCCAUCAGAUACUAAAAAUCCCUUCAAAUAUUCUUUCAAUUGUUUUUCACUAACUAUUUUUAAAUUGUAGAAAUGUUUUCACCAGAAUUACUCAUCCACAAUAUCAUAAUUUUUAAUUUUAAUUUAUUCUUGGGACAGUUCAUUCAUUCAUUCAAAAUUUUGUAAGUAUCCUAUCCAAAUUUCUCAAAGACUUAUCGCUCAAAGGACAAAGGCUAUAUCAAAUAUUCUCCUAGAGAUUGUACAAGGAUAAUAUUUUAGAAAGAAGUUAUAAUUUUUGUUAUAUUUUUUAAAACUUUUAUUCGACGCUUGAUGUUUUCAGAAACAUGUACAUCCUGAAAUGCAUAAGUGACAUAUGAAUCUAUAAAUAUUUGAAUGUGUCUCAACCAGUCCUUCCACCAGAAUGUUCUUUAGAAUAUCUUUAAAAUUGUUCAAAUUGUGAUGUUAGGUAACAUCACUAUGAUUAACUUAAACUGUCAUGACUCGACGACAAGAUAUUAAUUUCCAAGAAUGGUUUUUACGCCAGUUCACCCACUAUGUUAUAUAGUUCAACAGUUGUUGACUGUAUUUCCCACAGAUUCUCGUACUUAUGCUCCUGGAGACUGUACAAAUUUUAGAAUUUUGGAAAUUCCCGAUGGCUAGCAACAAUUCCCGAGGUUUUCCCGACUUUUUCCCGGUGGUUUCGAAUUCCCGAGCUUUUCCCGGUUUUCCCGAAAUUCCCGACUGGGUGGCCACCCUGUCAAUUUUAACGCAAAUCUGUCACGUGAAUCAAGAAACACCAUUUUUGCAUACUGUGAACGAGCGUUAAUUCUGUAGAGUAUCCCAAACUUAUAACCCAGUGCAUUACUGAUGCGAGAAAAAAAGCGAAAGCCUUUCUAAUUUAUGUAUGGGAAAAAAAUAUAAAUUAUUGUAACAUUUUUUUCUAAAUAUAUGAUUAUAUUAACGUAUCUAAAAAUGUAAUUGAUAAUUUCAAAUUCCAAAACUUUCAGUUCAAUUAUGUUCAUACCGAAUGAACGAGUUAAAUGGUAAAAGGCACAAUGAGCAAGUAAAUGCACCCGGUCCAACUAAAAAUAACGAAUACAGCAAGUAACGGAAACAAAUUUCAAGAAAAGCUCUUUAAAUUACUAUGUAUUUCCAUUAUAUUCGGCUUUAUUCAAAAUUUUUAAACGAAACAAGCGUAAACGAAGGAAAACUAAUUAGGAAAUUAUAAAAUAUUGAUGAAACUUUAGAUACAGAAAAUUCUCUACUGUUUUUCUCGCUAUUACAUACAGCAGUGAUUGAUAGGAGCAAUUUUAACUCGAUUAGCGUCCUAAGAAGCAUCAACAACAAAAUAUUUACUCUAGAACUAAAUAAUCAAAUCAAAAACUCUCUUGUAAUCUUACUAAAUGAGGAAUACCGAAAUAACUAUUGAACCCGAUAAAACC